GCCGCAACAUCCAGGCAUUCAGAGGGAGAGAAAGUGUGUGUGUGUGUGUGUGUGUAUACGUACGUGUGUACGAGAGGGAACAUUAUUAUGUAAAGACCUGCUGUUACGCACUGAGCGCUUGAUAAAACGCACACUCGCUCACGCACAGUCGCACGCGCGGCACAUACACACACACACACACACACAGACACGCGCGCGCGCGCGCGCACACACAGACGCUGAGGGCGCCGUCGGAGAGUGAACCUGCGGGUUCAUGUCACUCUGAUUUCUCCAAGGAAGAGGAAUACCGAUCGGAGGGGGAAUAUCAGCGGCGGCGAUGGCUCUCGCUUCACUGUGGAACUACUGCGUCCCGCUCACCAUCAUCGCAGUCGCCUGCUUGGUGCGCACUGCUCAUUGUCAGGCGGUGCAGGCGGAGAAUGUGACAGUCUUGGAGGGAGGUACGGCCCAGAUCUCCUGCCGCCUGCAGAACUACGAUGGAUCAAUCGUGGUCAUCCAGAAUCCCCGCCGGCAGACCCUCUUCUUCAAUGGCACGCGAGCACUGAAGGACGACCGUUUCCAGAUGGUGCUCUUUACACCACGGCUGGUGCGCAUCACGUUGACCAACGUCAGCGUGUUUGACGAGGGUGGCUACUUCUGCCAGCUCUACACGGAUGCCACACACCACCAGGUGGCAACGCUUUCCGUUCUGGUGCCACCGGAGACGCCCACGGUGGAUGUGAAGCAGGAGGCCGUGGAAGGCGGCGAGGUAGAGCUCACCUGUGUGUCACCACGCAGCAAGCCGGCCGCCACCCUGCGCUGGAUCCGUAAUGGCCGGGAGAUACCAGGUGUGGUAUCCCAGCAGGACAACGGGAAGACGUUCAGCGUCUCCAGCACCAUCCGGAUCCCGGUAGAAAGGAAAGACAAUGGCGCGGCACUGAACUGCGAGGCGUUCCACCCGGCACUGGGUGGACAGAGGAGGGUUCGGCACUACCGCCUGGAUGUCUAUUUUGCACCCACAGUGAGAAUCGUUCCUCCUUCUGGCAUUCUGCGAGAGGGUGACUCGCUUAGCCUCACCUGCUCCGUCACUGGAAACCCUCUGCCCAGGAACAUUCAGUGGUCCAAGAUUAAUGACACCUUACCUGAAAGGGCAGAGAUUUCUGGCCCCACCCUCCAGAUUUCCCGUCUCAGCCAAUCACACAACGGGACGUACUUGUGCCAGGCCCAGAACAACUAUGGACGUGCUGCUGAUCAUUACACCUUAUUGGUGUAUGAUAAUGUGUCAGUCACUACCAUGGUCCGUCCCACUCCUACCUCCACCCAACCAGUCACCUCCCAUCCCGUCACCCCAACCCUCCUAACACCCAGCUUCGCCUUGGACCCGAAAGAUCCGGGUGCAGUGGUAGAGACUCACAGUGCAGUACCAUAUGCAGUGAUAGGUGGCGUUCUGGCACUGCUGGUUUUCACCAUCAUCUGUGUCCUCAUUGUCACCAUCUGGUGCUCUGUUCGACAGAAAGGUUCUUAUCUUACCCAUGAGGCCAGUGGGUUGGAUGAACAUGGUGAGGUGCAGGAGGCCUUCCUCAAUGGGAACGACGCCAGCCAGGGCAAGAAGGAGUACCUACUGUAGCCCUUCUCCUUCCCUAUCCCCUUCUCUUCUGACCUCAACCCUCUAUCCCUUCCUUUCCCCGUCUCCCUCCUUAUAUACAGUAUUCACACACACACACACACACACGCACACACACGCACAAACACGCAAACACACGCACACACACACGCACACGCACACACAUACACAAACACAAACACAAACACAAACAUACACUUCUAUACAAUGUGCCAUAACAGGCAGCCUUCUGAAAACGACUGUAUACAGAUACUGCACACAGUCCAUUCCACUCCUUUCCACCCCAUAUCCUCCAUACACACACACACACACACAUAAUUCCGGAGACAGAGACUGACAAAAAGAGAGCAUAUAGACCCACCAGCCAUUAACGACUGUGCCAUAUACUGUAAGUCGGAGAAACUGGGGAAAAUGGAGAGAGCGAGAGAGAGGGGGGAGAGGGAGAGGUGUAUGUAGGCAAUAACGAAAUUAUGCCAUAAUUAUUUUGAUUGAGAGGGAAGCGGGCUGCACAAAGGAAACCGCCAUUCUGUCCAUGCAGCCGCCAAAGUGGAAGGGGAAUUAGAGGCAGAUGACUGCUAUAAUUCCAUGCCUGGAGAAAACCAUCCAUUUCACAAAGCUCAAUCUUUAACUGGCGGAGACAGUGGGAGCAGUGUGUGAGGAGGAAGGGGGAAAUGAGAAGGGGGGAGAGUUGACCAGGAGCUAUUGAGAGCCCGACGCUAGAAAAUUGAAAUUUUUAAAAUUGCCAAAGCAUCUUGCCUACAGAGCGUAUCUCAUAUAUAAUUCCCUAGCAACACUGGAGUGUGUAAACCCAGAGUCCCGGGAAGUAUCCAUACUUUAUGAACAAGCUAACUGUUUUACUAUCCCCGUUGGGUGGCCUGCCAGUAUUUUGUGGGGAAAAAAAAUCAGCUUUUAGGGAUUUUUUUUUCCUCUCACUUCCUGGUUCACUAUUCUUUUAAUUUAUUCUCCAUUUCCGUCUUCCUCUCCGUCUACCUGUUACCAUCCUCUCCCCCCUCCCUUAUAUCUCUCUUUCUCUCUGUCUGUCCCCCUCAAUCGCUCCUCUUUUGUUGGCUCCUAAUAAUGAAAGGAUUAGUGUUGGGCUGCGUUCCCGACAAAAAGAAAGGAGUAUGACUUGCUAAGGCAUUAAAGAAAAGCUUAAUUAUUUUAGAAUGUCAUUAAGAGGAUAAAAGGUUUAAAAGUCUUAUUAAGAAGGGCAAGGGGAGCGACAGCAAAAGGAAUGAAUGGAAAUAUAAAAUGGAUGGAUAUUUUUUCUGAAUGCUACACACAUAUGCAGAUACAUGCACACAUUCAUACGUACAGAAAACAUAUUGACAGAACAAGUAUACAUAUCUCUGAAUUCCUUAUUUGUAUAAAAAAAAAAGAACAGCAACAUAAAUUAAAUGAAACUUUUAAGAAAUAAGAAAACAGUUUACUAUGGAAACGCAUUAUGAAGCAACUAUACUAACAGAAUAUUAGCCUAUAGAGGUGCAAAGCCGAACAAACUACUGUCCAGUGAUCUUUAAAGAAAAUAAAGAAAAGAAUAAAAAAAAUCAUUUGUCUUUAUGAGAAAUCAGAGGUCUUAUUGAUUUUUUAUUAAUUAUUGUUAUUAUUUGAACAAUUAUGAUGUUGUUACUGUUAUUAUUAUUGCCGUUGUUAUUAUUAUAAUUGUAAAUGUUAAAGAAAUGUACACUUCCCAUGGUUUGUUUUUGGUUCUACUGUAGAGAAAUUGCUGUCUUUUUUCACUCUUUUCCUCUUACCUUUUCUCUCUUUCCCAGUCUUUCUCUCUCUUCGUCUCCUGUGCCUAGUUGUCUCUUCUCCUGUCUUUCACUCCUGUUUAUUUUAGAGUCCAUGUGUCAUUGUGGAUAUAUAGCUAACAAUUUCUUUAUAGGGGAAAGAUACAAAGCACGACAAA